ACUUCCUCUCGUCCCAACUUCCUGCAUCGCCAUCCGUCGCUGCAUUUCUCAGCGGCUCCCGUUCUCCCGCUCGCCUCUUCGUUUAACUCGCCCACCGCAUUUCGCUCUCUCCGCACCACCACGAAGAGAGUCUCUUUUCCGCGGUAGCGCGAUCGUCAAGCGCGGCGUUGCGACAAUGGCGGCGGGAUAUCAGGAGAGCGAGGCAGUGCGAGAAGCGCGCGAUCUGGUGGCGGAGCUGUGCCGGCACUUCUACACCCUCGGAUGGGUCUCGGGAACAGGCGGCAGCAUCAGCAUCAAGGCGAACGAGCCGGGGAAGACCAACCAGGAACGCACAAUCGUCAUGGCGCCCUCUGGCGUGCAGAAGGAGCGCAUGGUGCCGGAGGACAUGUACGUGAUGGCCCCAGACGGCACAGUGCUGGUGGAGCCCAAGGUCAAGCCCGCGCCGCACAAGCCCCCCAAGUGCAGCGAGUGCGGCCCUCUCUUCCUCAAGUGCUUCGAGAUGCGUGGGGCGGGUGCAGUGAUCCACAGCCACGGCAUGGAGACUGCCAUGGCGACCAUGAUUGUCCCGGGCGCCAAGGAGUUCCGGAUAUCCCACAUGGAGAUGAUCAAGGGCAUAGUUGGCCAUGGCUACUACGACGAGCUGGUGGUGCCGAUCAUCGAGAACACUGCUAGGGAGUAUGAGCUCACCGACUCCCUUGCUGCUGCGAUUGAAGCCUACCCCAAGGCAACGGCAGUGCUGGUGCGCAACCACGGAGUGUACAUCUGGGGGGACAACUGGAUCCAGGCAAAGACCCAGGCGGAGUGCUACCACUACCUCUUUGACGCUGCUAUCAGAAUGCACCAGAUGGGGCUCAACCCCUGCCAUCCGCUGCACCUCCCUACCACCAGUGCUGCCCCUGCCGUCCCUGGUGCUGCUGCUGGCAACAAAUCCUUUCCGAAGGUCAUAGUGCUGGACAUCGAAGGCACCACCACGCCCAUCUCCUUCGUCUCCCAGGUGCUCUUCCCCUACGCCAAAUCGCACGUGGGGCAGCACCUGCUCGCCACCUACGACUCCGCUGAAACCCAAGCCGACAUCCUGCUGCUGCGCUCCCAGAUUGAACAAGACAUCAAGCACGGGGUAUCAGGAGCAGAGGAGGUCCCCGCUGCAGAAGCGGGUAAGGAGGCGGUGGUAGGGGCGCUGGAGAGGAACGUGGCGGCGAUGAUAGCAGCGGAUCGGAAGGUGACGGCGCUGAAGCAGCUGCAGGGGCACAUCUGGAGGGGCGGGUACGAGAAGGGCGAGCUGAAGGGGGAGUUCUUCAGCGACGUGCUGACGGCUCUCAGUCAGUGGCACGCUGCCGGGAGCAAGAUCUACAUCUACUCCAGUGGUAGCAGGGAGGCUCAGCGGCUCAUUUUCGGGUACUCCAAUGUGGGCGAUUUGCGGCCGUUCAUUAGUGGCUUCUUCGAUACAACCACAGGCAACAAGCGGGAGGCGCGGAGUUAUUCCGAGAUCGCUCUCUCAGUGGGUGUGGACUCACCUGCUCUCAUCACCUUCUGCACCGACAUCCUUGAGGAGGCUCAGGCCGCCAAGCAAGCAGGUCUGCAGGCCGUGUUGCUUUCUCGCCCUGGCAAUGGUCCCCUACCUUCCGACCAUGGCUUCCAGGUUCUCACUUCGCUUGUGGACCUCUGAGAGGCCGUGCUGCUUUGUCCACAAGCCACGGCCUUCAGACAACGGUCAUUUGAAGGUUAUAGUUGAGAUGCCCAAUGUUGUGAGCACCUAGAAAAACAUUCCUCUCGAAGGACCCCUCGUGGAAUUCGGCAUGAGAAUCAAAUGAAACCUUAGAUAGGCACAAAGAUUAGAAUGCACAUUAGAAACUGAAUAAGUUGAGCUACCUGAAACGCUGGAUAAAAUCAGGAAUCUUCUGUGUUUUGUUCCGAGACGAGG